AUGUCAUCUCCCGUCCGCUUCGACCACGUUCUCAUCGAACUCUCCACCCGAGACUUCGAGGCCCCGCCGUCGUGGCUGACGGACAAUUUCACCAUCCUCGAGGGUGGUACGCACGCGGGAGGACUAACCCGCAACAACCUAAUCCCCCUCCCGGACACCACCUACAUCGAACUCCUCAACAUCAUCACCCCGCCCGCGUCCCACGAGGACUGGACCAGCAAAUACCCCGGCGAUUUCGCCCUAACGACCCUCCCGCCUGUCACUGCAACGGAGAAUUACAAUCGGUUGGUUAGUGCAUUGAAAUCCCCAAACGGAGGAGACGGAGGGGACGGUACCCUCGGCAUCAACGUCACAUACAAGCCGCCCAUCCCUGGCGGCCGGAAAACCCCAUCCGGAGAGGAUGUGAAGUGGGAGAUUGUUAAAGCGGAGGUUUUGUCUACUCAGCCUGAGGGUACUGGUAGAGGAGCACAGUACGGUCCAACCACCGUGCCGUUCUUCUGCCACGACGUGACGGAUCGCAAGGUGCGGGUUCCUCGGGUGCCGGAGUCCGGGCAUCCGUCUGGGGUGGUGGGCAUUAAGGCGAUUGAGGUGGUGGUGCCGGGGAAGGAGAUAGAUGCGUUUGCGGAGCUGUAUACGGCUGUGUUGGGGGUGGAGGAGCGGACGACAGAAGGAGGGGAUAGGGAGUUUGCGUUGAGGGCGCCAGGAACGGAGGAAGAGACGGGAGUGGUGAGGGUGAGAGCGUCCAGGACGGAGGAGGAUGAGAGGUAUCUAAAGGAAAGGGGGGUGGGGGUGAGUGCGUUGGUGUUUAGGGUACAGGGGGAUGGGGAGUUGAGACUCCCGAUUGCGGGAUAUUAUCUUCAGGGACGGUAG